GUUAAUCAGAAAGGAAAGUAGAACAGCAUCAUACAAUCCAUUUGGGGAAUGCAGACUUAUCAAGAUAAAAGCCAUGACGAGUUGAGGUUUGAGGACUACCAGUUAGGUGCUAAAGGGACAUUAGCCUUUAAUGCAGCAAUGAAUGCUACAUCUAGUCAAACACAAAGCAUAUCUCCGGGCUCAUCCACUUUACAAACAUUUGGAAAGAAAUAUGACGUUAACAGCGUGGCCAAGGAAUCUCUGAUGAGGGAUGCCAAUGUCUCAGACUCUUCCAUUCUUGGAUAUCCAAGAGCUCCUGCAUUUGGUGUUCCAAGAAACUCACACUUUGCCACCCCAAGAUUUGAUUCUUAUUCCUUCGGCCAACCAGCAGUAUCCAUAUCAGGGAGCAAAGAUCAAAUUUGCAAACUAGGAAAAGAAAGUACAGCACCUUUGCUCAAGAGCUCUGGUUUUGUAAAGUCCGCAUUUGGUGUUAAUCAGAAAGGAAGCAGAACAGCAUCAUACAUUGCAACUCCGGAUUUAGAUUGCACAAUACCUGAUGGUGCAAAAAUUCAAUCCAUUUGUGGAAUGCAGACUUAUAAAGAUAAAAGCCAGGAGGAGUUGAGGUUUGAGGACUACCAGUUAGGUGAUAAAGGUCAGAAAUGUGGUUCUUCAUGUGGUAUUUCCGGUACACAGGGAUUUGGUAUCAUCGACAACACACGGCCUUUCAUAUCACCAGUAUUUAACCAAGCAACUGUUGAUCAACUUUUUUAUUCCCUUUUUCCACGUACAUUUGUAGGGGAAAGAGCAGAGGUUGACUCUCUAUCAGAUGAAAUUUCUACAGCAACUGCAUACCCCAUUUCCCAUAUAUUUCCCCCCAAUACAUCAUUGUUAAACUCUCGUGGCACUGGAAGUAGAGUGGAAUCUACUGCCUCAGAUGUUUCUUUUUCUCCGUGGAUCCAUUCAAGGCCGUUUGCACCUUUAAAUCCAUCUUCCAAUUCUUCCACUACCUCCACCUUUUCCCCAUUAAGGAAUCCAUGGUCUUUAUCAACAUCUGUCCCUCUAUCUCCAUGUUCAGUCUCACCUUCCACAUAUCCUUUGUUAGCAAAAUCAUCUGCCCAUGUUUUUGGUCGAAAGAACUCUUUUUCUCCCACUCCUGUCUUAACUACAGGAGGCGCUCCACAAUCCACAUUAUGCUUGCAUUGCCUAAAGCAGUCUCAGCCUACUCCACCAGGACUUUGUAAUGUUUCAAGCACUCCACUUGCUGUGAGUCAAAAUACUCCUCUGUUCUUUGGUCCUCUGUAGCCAGAAAUGACUCCUAAAGUUGGAGCAAUACUUCCAACAACCAACGCUUCUCACCCAUCAACAAAAGGUGCUAGUUGCUCAGAAAUUGGACAAGGAAUUUGUCAGCCAAGUAUCAAUGACCAACAGUCUUACUUUCCGAGAAUCAUGGAAGUGAAUGCGUCACCAAUUAUGCCUCCUGCUGAAAUACAACCUUCAGUCCAAAUCUCGGUUGAGCACCCGAAUUUGGCAACAUCCAUCCAGUAUGGAAUUUCUGGUUUACCUGUUUCUAACAACCCUGCUCCGGUCAGACGAAGAUCUGCGUUGAUAAUUCGGAAUUCAUCUCUAAGUCAGCAUAGGUUGCCACCUCAGAAAUACAAACCUACAAGUGAUAAACCAAAGGUACCCUUUUUCAUGGAUAACGAAAACAUUUCUGGUGUACUAAGGACAGAAGUCAUCAUCAUUCCAAGGGAAAAUCUAAGGGACUGGGUUCGUCCUACCUCAGAAUUUCCACUGGGGGCUGAUUCAUCUAUGAACAGGAUGCAUGACAGAGACAAAGGUGAUAAGCCCAAUUUAGAGGCUGAAGAGAUGCAUCUUGUUAAUUGUGGUGAUAAGCCCAACUGAUAUAUUUUUACAAUUUGCUCACUUUGAGUCUGUCCCAUUUACUUCUUUUGUGCUUAUUCUGUCUUAGUAGUAGUCUUCCACCUUCUCCUCGUCCAUGAACAUGAUAAAUAUUAGGGUGGGAACCAUUAAACUUUCAAAUAAUUUUAUAAAGAUGUGUUUAGUCCAAUCAAUUAGUAAUUAGUAUUUUUAAUUUAUAUAAUAUUUUUUUUAUAUGAUAGAGAUAAUCUUUUCAUUCUGUUUU